AUGUAUAACGUACUGCAGCCGAGCCAAGACGAGCUUGAGCAUACCGAUGAGACACGCAUAGUGCCGACGGCGGCUGAUCUAGAAGCUGCUGUCGUGCGAGGCUCCCUGCCAGCCGUUUUCACCAUACUCGCACUCUGGCAGGCAUUAUUGAAACCAUUGGAGUCCAUCUCCUCUGCCCUGACCGUUGACGCUCUUUUGACUGCUAUCCGCCAUGCACGAUCCGACAUUGUGUCACUACUGAUCGCGGCUAGCCACUACGACACGCUGCCGAUCAUGCAGGCUUUGGAAGUUGGUUCUAUCAAGAGCUUCGAAGCUUUCUUGUGGAAUGGGUGGGAUAUCAACGAACAAAUCGAAAUGGCGGGACCAACGGCGUUGGGAUACGCCGUUCAUAACAAAGAGCUGCUCACGUGGCUACUCGAACACGGCGCGGAUCCGAACGCCGGCGACGAAUACGACACUCCGCUAUCUAGAGCUGCACUUGGAGGAGAUACGAAAGUCAUCGAGAUGCUCUUAUCUCGCGGUGGCGAUGUACACCGCGGUGACGUGCUCAAUUGGGCCGUCGAGCGCAAAGACAAGGCGUGCGAAGUGACGACGUUACUGCUGAAACGAGGUGCAUCGCCCAACCGCUUAAGGUUCGACGGAGUCGAGCCGGCAUGGUCUUUGUAUGGGGUAAAGGGCCUCGGCAGUCCGUUGCACAGAGCCAUCGCAUUGAGGAAGCUGGAUGUCGCAUCAGUAUUGCUUCGACAUGGGGCGGAUCCAAAGCUGCAGAACACCUUGGGCAAAAUACCACGAGACAUUGCAGAACAGUUGAAUGAUUCAGCGGCUCUCGAGCUUCUCGACUGGAACGAAAGACGGCAGUUUUGGAGCGAAGCGGUGCACAAUACACACCAGUUCUUCUGGACGUAG